AUGUCUGAUUAUGAGCGGACUCGACACUUCCGUUCCCAUUCCCUGAAGCCUCUUAAGCAGCCUAGCUUGCUUACCCAGCGUUCAAAGCGAACCUUAAGCCUUCCAACCAAGCCCGUCAUUCCACCACUCAUUCAUGUUCAACGUUACUAUGACAACUGGGAAAGCUUCAGCGACGAUGAUGAGAUGAGCGGAGUGACAGAAGAGGAGGCCAUGGGUAGGUGUUUUUAAAAUCACUGUCGCUAGUUUGUAGUGAUAACUUGCUCAUCACAUAAAGAGUUUACUAUAAAAUGGCAACUCAGGGAAAUUUUCACUUCGUUUUUUAAGGGCUCCACAAAAAUGUAGUUCUCUUAGCCCUGAAAUUCAGAACGCCUCAAGUAUUGCUGUGUUCAGUUCUAAAAUAAAGUAAUUUUUCUUGAUAUAUGUACACUUCACUUCUCUCAAUGCUUGACUGUACUUGUUCGCUUCUUUUGCUUUUUUUUCUCUUAUUUUUGCAUCAUUUCUCUCUUUUUUUCUUUUUCGUUUUUGCACUUGCACGUUCAGCCAUAUCUAUUUUUAUCCUAUUUAAUGAUUAUUUCUAUGUUGUGAAGAAGUUGUAUGUGGCUAGUUAAAUUGUCUUGCGAUGCCAGUUUUUGAUUUAUUAUAUAAAUGACAUAUUUUUAAAGGUGGCCCUUUCAUAACAGUUCAUAAGUCUUCAAAAUUGGCUUCCUUGGUCUCCUUUGCUUCAUAUCUCUGAAUUUUGUGUAAAUAUUUAAUUUAAAUAUAUAAAAGAUAAAAAAAAAUAAAUAUAUAAACUCAAGCCUGACUGUGGGUGUUUCUUUCAGCGUGGUACACACCUGUGGUCGGUUUGUCCUGCAGUCUUGUGAUGUAUUUCUGGUCAUGUGCACUGGCAUACUAUUCAGCAAGUUGAUGGUAUGUCAAGUCAACUGUUGUAAAUGAUUUUUAUUCAAAUACGUGCCUUUUCGCGACACCACAACAGGUUUUCCCGCGAAAUGACAUCUAAGAAACGACUGCCGAAACACUACCCAGAACUUGGUAGUACAACCUCAUCAGUUUGGAAUUUCUGUAGUCGCUCCCCAUUCUAGUGAGGAGGGUCUCAUUGGGGUGGUAGCUUUGACGGUUGAUUCUUAAUGUUAGAGCUUUGGACGGUUGACGGUUAUUAAGUGGAAUUUAGUCCAAGAGUUUAAGUAAAUGUUAACUUCGGCAUAAAUUACUAUUAAAUGUUGUAUUUUGGAAGUUGUCUUUGCCUUUCACUUGUAAACUUUCAAUUAUUUUCAGAUAUAAGCAAGUUGUGUGGUCUUGUUAUAUCCAGAAAGAGUGUUUCGAGAACAUGGGAACUGGUUUUUCCAGUUUAGAGAUUCUUAAGGAGCCACAAUCCCUUGACGAUCAGCUGAAAUAGUGAGAUUUGAGAUGCCUUAAAACAUUUUUAAGGAUAAUAUUAAUCUGCAUUUUUAACUGCUGACGGUAAAAAAUAACCUCUUUUGACCGUUGACGGUUACAUUUUAUGCCGUUUGACGGCUGACGGUAACCCCAUCGACGCCCUCAUACAGUCAUUUCGCGGAGAAACCAGUGGUGGUGUCACAAAAGUUCGGCUGUUUUCUGAAAUAUAAUGGACCCAUCCCAAAAAAGGUUUGAGAAGUUUUUCUAUCUUGCACUACCAAAUGAUAUAUUUAAUAAAACUUUGGUUUGCUCUUGGCGAAGGUUUAGCUAGCUAUCGUAACACUGGUGCGCGACCUACUAAAGAACGUUAUAAAAUGAAUUUUAAUUACAAUUUGUUCCUCUUUCAGGCUCUUCACUGAUUUGUUCAGUUGUCACAAAACCAAGCAUUGAACUGAUUUUAGAAAAAAAGCAGGAAACCAAAGAAAGACAAGAAUUUAGCAAAGAAUACUGCCAUUAGAGCAGAAACGGAAAGACAUGAGUUCGACAAAAGGCUGAGAAAAGAACAUGGAGGGAAUCGGACCCAGUGGACUCAGAUUAAAGAGAGGAGCUGCCAUGCAGGGGAUCGCUAUUUAUGAAGCUACAAUUUUUGCAUAAAGUUGUUUACACAAAGCUCGAUAUGGGACUGUAUCCAUUGCUUCCUCUUUCUAAACAUCUGGAGAAUCAAAAAUGACGAUUUACAAACAAAGGGAAAUUUAUAAUAGUAAAUUAUGUCAAAAGAUAAUUUAUUUGACGUUACCUCUUCGCGCUCAGUUUCACAGGCUGUGACGCACUCCUUUCAUCUACUCCUUUCCCUAGCGACUAGCCUCGCCUCCUUUCGUGUAUUCCAUCCCUUCGUGUCCC